CCACGUGUUUAGUCGGUUGUGAUGCCAAACUGUAGCUGACAAUAUUAAACAAACUCAGCUUAGAAGAGGCUGAACCAAGUGCAACAAGUGACAUGGAAAAUCAGGCAUACAUUGCGGAGUCUCGCGUUGAUGUCACCGGAGGCGGUUCCGGUGGUUUGACACACAAUAACAACGGAACAAGUGUAUCACCUGCUGCGGUUGGCAAUGGAAGCGCACCGAAAUCCUCGACGCAGCCGGUUCGCGAUAAAUGGGGGAAAGAUGUGGAAUUUAUGCUUUCCUGUAUAGCCUAUUCCGUCGGAUUUGGAAACGUGUGGAAGUUCCCGUACACUGCUCUCAAGAAUGGAGGGGGUGCUUUCUUGAUCCCCUAUCUGGUGGUACUGUUCAUCGUAGGACGUCCGAUCUACUAUCUGGAGAUGGUGAUGGGACAAUUUUCCAGCCGCGGAUGUGUUAAAAUCUACGAUUUGAGUCCUGCUAUGAGAGGAAUCGGAGUGGGCCAAUCUAUUGCCAUGUUCAUCGUCAUGACCUACUACACACCAGUAUUAGCAAUUACGUUUCGAUAUCUGUUGGCAUCGUUCAGCGUCGAACUGCCUUGGGCUAAGUGUGAUCCAACUUGGCCAAACUGUGUCGAUUCGGAUUUUGUCGGACAAAUCGUGUCGAAUUCAACUGUCCCACCUAAAGCAUCAGCUGAGCUGUACUUUCUCAAUUCUGUGAUGCACAAAAACACAUCACUGUACGAAGGUGUUGGAAUCCCCGACUGGAAGCUGGCUCUGUGCCUUCUGUUCUCGUGGCUGUGUGUUGCGACGAUUCUCAUCAAAGGCAUCAAAAGUACCGGAAAGGCUUCCUACUUUCUCGCCAUCUUUCCGUACGUCAUUAUCGCCAUCCUGCUGGUACACGCGUGCACAUUGAAGGGAGCAUUCAACGGAAUUCUGUACUUUCUAACACCACAGUGGGACCAAUUGUUGAACGUUACGGUGUGGUAUGAAGCUGUAACUCAGUGUUUCUUCUCGCUGUCGGUUUGCUUCGGUGGUAUUAUUGCCUAUUCUUCGUUCAACAACUUUUCCAAUAAUGUUUACAAGGACGCCAUGAUCAUUUCCUGGCUGGACACCUUCACCUCCAUAAUUGCCGGCUGCAUUGUGUUCGGCGUAAUCGGCAAUCUGGCGUACGUAACCGAACAGAACGACAUCCAGACGGUGGUGAAAAGUGGCGCCGGGCUAACGUUUAUGACCUACCCGGACGCAAUCGCAAAGUUUGACCUGCUGCCGCAGCUAUUUUCGGCCCUUUUCUUUCUAAUGCUGUUCAUCGUCGGACUGGGCAGUAAUUUGGGUGUGACAACGAGCAUCGUGACAGCGGUUCGCGAUCAGUGCCCGUGGUUGAAGAACUGGCAGGUUGUUACAGCAGUUGCCCUGGCAGGUUUUUCGUUUGGAUUGGUUUAUCUGACACCCGGAGGAUUGGAUCUGCUGGAUAUUUUGGACUACUAUGGGGCUAAGUAUGUAACCUUGACUCUGGCGGUGUUCGAACUGGUGACGCUAGCUUGGAUAUACGGUGUGGAUCGGAUCUGUCGGGACAUAAAAUUCAUGCUGGAACGCAGUACCAGUUUGUUUUGGAGGAUCUGCUGGGGCAUUGUGACUCCUCUGGUGACGGUGCUGAUUCUAUUGCUGAGUUUUGUAGACUAUGAAGCGUUCUCUGUUCCUAAUGGAUACAAUGUUCUAGGAUGGUGCAUCUACAUCGUUGCAGUUCUUCAAUUACCCGGUUGGGCUUUGUAUGCCACAUGGCGCACGAAAACGUUGGAUUCAUUGUUUGCUGCAGUUAAGAAAUCAUUUCGUCCACUGGCCGAGUGGGGUCCAGAAAUAACAGAGACUCGAAUCCGCUACCAGGAAGAGGUAGAACGACAUGACGCAACGGUAACGCGAGAUCGAAACGCAAUCGACUUCAUCAAGCGAAAGCUGUUCAGCUGAGAAAUGUUGUGCGCUGUGAAGGUUGAAGUUUUAACCUCAUUUGUGUUUGUAUAUGUACUUUUAGCUUAUCGUUAGUUGAAUUGAGAUUCAUUGGAUUCGCAUCCAAUAUUUGUAGCUUGGCAAUUUAGAAUUAACCGUUGCCAUAUUGUUUUAUUAUAGCUGAUAUUAAAUAGA